AUCAACACCAGUGUUUCGAAGUAAACCAUCCAACAUGCGCUACUCGAGGACAUUCAAGUGUGAGCAUACCACUUCCCAUCCUAAUUGAUAUCGCAGUUGACACCCUUUCUUUCCUAGCAUCUACGCAAUGCCUUCCCAGCCCAGACGGCGCAUUCAUCGCAACCAUUGUCCCCUCAAAACUCACCAUCCGAACAACCCGCUCACUCGAUGUCGCACGAGUCGUGACACUUCCCUCUGAGAUCGCAUCUUCUAUCUCCUGGUUUCUAUGGUCUCAGUCGUCAACUCGAGUACUGGCAGCAUCCACAGAUAACAUCCGAGUGUACUCCGCGACCAAUCCUCAGUUCUCCGCGAACAUUACAAAUCCCACAUCCGGUGCAACUAAGGUUACAUGUGUGGCUUUUGGAGCCACCGAGGACGAAAUAUGCGUCUUCUCAGACUUUGGAAUCAAGAUGUCCAUUGUGAACUUCAUCACUUCGAAAUCAGUCGACAUUGCCUCGCCCAAAUUAUAUCGCUCUGUCAAUGCGAGCAAAGGAUUCGCAUACCGACCCGGAACAAAUAACUUGACGCUUCUUACAAGAAGUGGAGGUAAGGAUAUCGUCAGUAUUCAUGCACAGGGAACACAUUUAGUUACAAGAUCAUGGCAUCCGGAUACCAUUGACGCACAAGGACUUGUCUGGAGUGCUGAUGGAAGAUGGCUUGUCGUUUUAGAGUCUGCGGCGCAUGGGCAUAAAUUCUUCGUUUAUACAGCAGAUGGGCAUUUGUUCAAGACUUGGAAUGGACCUCGUCCUUUUUCGAUUCUAGACACAGAUAUUGAGCUAGGGCCGGGCAUCAAGAUGUUCGAUUGGAAUCACAAUGGAGGUGUUUUUGCAAUCGGCGAUCAUAGCAAAAGAGUAACAAUUCUCUCAACGCCUUCCUUCACUGAAUCUUUGAAUGUACGGCAUACUGCAAGUGUCACUCCAACAGACACCCUUCAGGUUAGUUUUGUGUUCAUAGAAAAAGAACGUGGCUAAUGAUUAUAGGUUUGGCAAGAACAAAUACUUCCAUCCCAACAAGGUCGACUUCAACGAGAAUUCGUUCCAGCUGUUCAGUAUGGUACAAUAUGCCCACCAACUUCUGGGCAAACACCAUCAAUAAACAAUACAGAGACAAGAACUGGUACAAACAUGUUGACAUUCGAUAACUCAGGAACGCUUCUCGCGACAAGAACAGAGAGCAUGCCCACGACUUUAUGGAUCUGGGAUAUCAAAACCAGACUCCUUCGAGCGGUCAUGAUAUUUCAUGCGCCUGUUGCCAAAAUUACUUGGCAUCCUACGAUCAAUGAGCUGAUCAUGAUUCGGUGUGAGGAGAGUCGCGGUAUUGCACAUCUUUGGGAUCCUUCCUGGGAGAAACCUCGAAUUAUCAACUUUGCACAACAAGUACCUGGGGGUAAAGUGAUUGGCAAAACUGUUGCCCAGUGGCUCAAUAGCGAUUGUUCAGGUCCGGCUUUGUUGUUCAGUGAUACCCAAGAUUGUCUUCUCGCCUCUUUAUCCGAAGAGGGGGAUGGAGAUAUUCCAUGGCAGGAUUCUGAAGGACAAGGCGUUGAUAUUUAUGGCCAGCGAAUGGAAUCCCCAAUCAAUUUGGGAUCUAUGACCGAGAAGAAAUCUAGUAAAGGAACGAUGGAAGCUCUACAGGAUGAAGAUAGCUUCACCAGAAUGAGUAGUGGCAGCGAGGAAAUUGACGAUACUUUCAAUUUCAGAAGAGGAAUCGAAGUUGGAGAUUCAUGGACCUGAAAGACUUUCCUCUUUAAGCUCCCAAAUACCAAGCCUAUCUACGGCACCUCUGUCGUCCCUCCAGGCCACACCGCUUUUGCUGUGGAGAAGCAUUGUUCACUUGGUGGUGUCUUGAAGUUCUGUGGAGUCGUUGAGAAAUAGCCCCCACUUACGAGUACUACGUACCGUAUCCUUAUUGGAUUCAUUGGUGGGAUUGGAUGACAGGGCAAGUUGACAACUGAUCUUCCAGUCUGAGCUGUGAAGACCGGAAUAGGACAAUGAUGAAGAAAAGGUCCGCGUGGGCUGGCCGCGUCGAUAGUGUCAGCACCUUACUGACGAAAGGCGUUUAUACAAGUUGGAAGAUGACAGGUAGAAGGCGUAGAUACUUGUUGGUACGUGUACGAAUGUUGAAUCUGUAUACGACGGGGCUCAAGUAGCUACCAAAUUUUAUCAAACUCAAGCAAAUCCUCCC